ACUCAUUGAAGUUGGUUUUUGAAGAGGGCCUCAAGAUGAUCCCGGAAGCCAAGUUCAUGUCCAAAGGAAUGAAGACCCUGAUUUAUGUUGCAAAGCUGGUCAAGUUUACCUACAAGGCAGGGGAUCGCAUUGGUGCCUUCAAGGCUUGGCUUAACCCAUGCGACGAUGACAUGGUCCCUGAAGACUUUGCGAAAGUCUUUGAUACUUUGACGAGUGUCGCUGAUGACGUCGUCAAGUUCACAAAGCCUACGAAAUUUAAGGAGGGUAGCGGAAAGAAGGGAGACGCUGGAUAUCCCUGAAAGUGAUGUGGGAUCUAGAAUGCACGUAAAAGAAGCCUCC